AUGGUCUGCACCAAGUGUCAGAGGCUCUCCAAGACGACCCUGGCCACCCCAGAAGUCAAGAAGAAGAGUGAAAUGUACUAUGGCUCACCCGCGAGCUCGUCUUCCAAAGCAUCCGGAUCUGGAACCGGGUCCAAGUCCACGACCCUCGGGCAAACCGGAGUGGUAAAGAGCAAGCUUUUGUCAAAAUCUGCCAAAAACCCAUAUGCACAGUAUUCAAGUUCGUGUACAAAGUGCAAAACAAAGGUGUCGCAAGGCCACAGUUUAUGCCAAACAUGUGCCUAUAAAAACGACUCAUGUGCCAUGUGCGGGAAACCAAAUAAGAAGAAGAAGGACAAGGCUGCGCCAAGCGUGAGCGGACAAAAGUUCACAUUGAAGUGA